UGCCCGGCGAGUGCGCAGGCGCGGCCUCGCCCACGGCCCAGGGACCUGGCCCGGGCUUCCCUCCCUGCGGCCCGCGUGACCUUUCGACCUCGCUGUCCCCGCACCAUGGCCGCUGUCGGGGUCCUGAUGGUGCCGAGGCUGGCGGCGGCCUCCGCGCUCGCGCCGCUCUCCGGGCGCCUGCGGCUCCUAGGCGGGCGGGCACCCACCCCGCGCGCGGCCCUGCACGGCACCGCGCCGCGCCCCGGGGCUCGGGUGGCGCUGGUGCUGUCAGGCUGCGGAGUCUACGACGGGACCGAGAUCCACGAGGCCUCCGCGAUCCUGGUGCACCUGAGCCGCGGAGGAGCCGAGGUCCAGAUCUUUGCCCCCGAUGUCCCUCAGAUGCAUGUGAUCGACCACACCAAGGGGCAGCCGUCUGAGGGCGAGAGCAGGAAUGUUUUGACCGAGUCCGCAAGGAUCGCCAGAGGCAAGAUCAGCAGCCUGGCCCAGCUCAGUGCAGCCAACCACGACGCUGCCAUCUUCCCCGGAGGCUUCGGAGCUGCCAAAAACCUGAGCACUUUCGCUGUGGACGGGAAGGACUGCAGAGUCAAUGAGGACGUGGCGCGAGUCCUGAGGGAGUUCCACGCGGCCGGGAAGCCCAUCGGCUUGUGCUGCAUCGCGCCUGUCCUUGCAGCCAAAGUGCUCAGAGGUGUCGAGGUCACCGUGGGCCACGAGCAGGAAGAGGGCGGCAAGUGGCCCUAUGCUGGGACUGCGGAGGCCAUCAAGGCCCUGGGUGCCACGCACUGCGUGAAGGGUGUGACCGAAGCUCACGUGGACCGGAAGAACAAGGUGGUCACGACCCCAGCCUUCAUGUGUGAGGCUGCGCUGCACCACAUCCACGACGGGAUCGGGGCCAUGGUGAAGAGUGUGCUGGAGCUCUUGGGGAAGUGACCGCCUGCUCAGCCCCUGCUGGCCACUGCUGCCCUUGGCCGCUGGGCCCAGCAGCAGUGCGGGCAGUUCAGACUCCGGGCGUCUCCUGCAGGAGGAGGUCUAUCUUGGGGCCGGUCUCCAGCCGGCAGUCCCUGCGUGGCUUCCCUCACCAUCGUGUCCUGGAAACGAGUGGGAGCCAGACGGGGACUUUGCAGAGAAAACCAUCCUCACUCGGGUCUGAUGGCUCUGAGUGUCGAUGCAGAAAUGUCCUAAGGUUGUGAGUCUGAUAAUCAGGAAAUGAGAGUACCACGUUUAGAGAUGAAGGAACGUUCUGUAACGUGAAGUAAAUGUGCACUAAUUAAAGCAAGGGGAUUUUUUGAGCCAGCAGUCCCGUUAGCCCUGGAGAAUAAACUCCUUUCCACAUUGGAAACUUCUGA